CGUGAUAAUAAAGGUCCACUGUUUUAGCAAAUAUGUAUUUUCUUGAUGAUUUUCGUUAUCUUCCUUUUCUCCAAUCCUUUUUGAUAGAUGGAUCUCCCAUAGAACCUUUCGUGAGAUUGAUGAGUUGAAGUCAUGCUGGCUUGGCUUUAAGAUGUUGGACGUCGGCGACGAUAGAACAGCCUGCGAUUUCUAGUAUCUGAAAGUUUAAACAAUUAAUAAAUGUCUUCUCAUAAUCUUGUGUAUUUGAUAAAUGUUUCUAACGUAGAAUACGAUAAAAUUGCUUGUAUUUUGAACAUAUAAUACAUAUGUGUGUGUAGAAUUCGACUACAUAUAAAUAUACGUUAAAUACAGCUGUCUUAGAUCAGGCCGGUUGCAUUAAAUUAAUCUAGAUUAGAACAAUAAGUAUCUACAAUUAGCAAAUUAGUAAAUAACACUUGCUAAAUAUACAAGUAUAAAUUAUCACAAAAAUAUGCAAACUUUAAUUAACUUAUUUAAAUCUAUGUACUUUAAAAUCGGUGUCUAAUUACUUAAUCAUGUACGGCUACAUUGGUCGAUAAAUAUUGGAUUAUCGAGUACAACUGAAUAAUUAUGCGAAACGAAAUAGUGAUUGUUUAAUGCAUACAUUGGAAAGCAGAUAAGAGAUUAGCUUAUCUUUCAUAGCACCUACAGUAUUUAAUAAUUACGUGAAGCAUGUUAUUUUAAUCGAAUAUAUUUGUAAACUAUGAAUGUAAUAAAUAAAUUUACUUUCAUUUGCUUUUACCUUCCUCAAUUGCCUUCUUUGUAACUUUUUAUUUUGCUGUCACUACUUUCGUCUCUAAAUAUUGAAAAAUAUAAGCUACACUAAAAAUAUUUAAAUGUUCAAAUUACAGCAGCAAAUAAUAAUAGUCAAAUAACGACUGAUUUAAACAUUUGUGGCACAGGAUUCGAUGAAAUAUUGGAACAUUGAAUCAUUAAAUGAUAGGCUUGAGAAAGUAGCAAAUAAGAAAAUAACAUUUCGAAUUAAUGAAGAAUACCAAGCACUCAACAUAGGCACGGUGAAUAUCCAGAAUCACUUUUAAUUAAGAGAAAGCACGAGUACAACAUCUUGAAAAGGUGAAAUGCGUGCUAUCUUAGUAAAAGUGUUCAAUGUCAAUGACGACAUUUGCAUUCUAUGUUAAAAGCAACAUUUCACGCUAGAAGAUAUAAACAUGUAUAUAAUAUUUUUCAUAAUUUUAAAUGUGACAAAUACUUGAAGCAGAAUAAUUGAAAUACCGAUAAAAUUCCCAAACGUUUGUUUUUCUCUCAAACCACGGGAUCCAAAAGCAAUUACUUUACUUUUGGGUCAUUCAGUACAAUUGAAAUAAUAAAUGUUCGCCGCCAAAAUCUUGCAACAAUUCGAACAACACCGAACCAGCCCGGAAAGGAAACAAACGCUAUAUUUCAGGCUCGAAUCCACCUAAAUAAACUCCGGUUCGACCAAUAAAGAUAUCGACGAGAAAAGAUAAAGAAAUAUUUAGAAACCCAUGAAACAACAUUUCGCGUAAUAACAAUGAUGUUUUCACAAUUGCCAAUGGCCGUAUAAAACGGGCAAAUCGUGUCCUAAUCGGCAUCAAUCUUGCGAAGCAGCCUCGAAGAUGAAGAUUCCAUCGAUACUCGCGGUGUCCCUGCUGGUUUGGGGUCUGGCCAGCGCAAGCAAACCCAUUGCCAAUGUGCAAGCAGGGAAGGUCAAGACCGAAACGUCAUCAUCUUCAGAAAUCGAGACGUUGGUAUCAGGAAGCCAGACAUUGGUGUCAGGAAGCGAGACAUUGGCUUCAGAAAGCGAGGCAUUGACGUCAGAAAGCGAGAUAUUGACGUCAGAAACCGAGAUAGCGAGCGCGACGACUGCCACGAAGGACGAGCUCAUACUAAAGGGCGAACCCAUCGUUGGGAAGAAACUAGGAACUGGGGCAUCGGAAGUAGCGGCGGCCUCUGGCGAGACUAUCGCAACUACCCUUGGCGCGGGACAAGCUGCAGCAGAGGCACAAGCCGCCGCCGCUGCGCAAGCAAAAUCGGCAGCGGCAGCUGCCGCGAAGGCAGGUGAAUCUACCAACAGUGCUGCUGCGUUGGUUGCUGCUGCAGCUGCAGCACAAGGAAAAGCUGCUGCCGCCGCAGCAAUCGCGACGAAGGCUAGCUUAGAGGCCACAGAGGCUGCUGAGGAAGCUGAGUCGGCCGUGGCCAAGGCCAGGGCUGCCUCCGGAAAGGCGGAAACGCUUGCAAGGAUCGCCGCUGCUGCGAAUGCCCGUGCUGCACUCCAAGCGGAAAAAUCGAACGAGCUAGCGCAAGCUGAGGCUGCAGCCGCCGCCGAAGCCCAGGCUAAAGCCGCUGCUGCUGCCAAGGCAACACAACUCGCCCAUAAAGUUGCCGAAACUGCGGUGAAAACGGAAGCAGAUGCAGCGGCUGCCGCCGUUGCGGCCGCAAAAGCCAGAGCAGUCGCAGACGCAGCCGCAGCUCGUGCGACCGCAGUGAGCGCCAUUGCUGAGGCGGAAGAAGCAGCCUCGGCACAAGCGGAGAACGCCGCCGGUGUAGCACAAGCAGCCGCCUCCGCUGCUGCGGAAGCACAAGCUUCUGCAUCCGCUGCUGCGGCGUCUUCAGAGGCAUCCGCCGAAGCUGGUGCAUUGGCAGGAGAGCUUAAGUUACCUCUGUUGACACGUCUUUCCCCACCGAAGAAGGAAAUCAUCGAAGAAUGGUCAGUGAAGAGAGGUUCAACAUCUUCAAGCAGAGUAUAUUCUAGAAUAGAGCAGAAGCAAAGGAGAUGAUUAGAGACACCAGUUUAGUAAAUGCGAAUCGAAAUUGUACGAAUGACAUUAUUAAAUUGUUCUAGCAAAUGAGCACAAAUUUCACUCUUCUUCCUGGCAUACACCUUUUUCUUUG